ACAAAACCAACCCGAGAAAGAAUGGAUAGAGACGAAAUGGCGCCCUUCGCCUGCGCCAUAGAGUUCAUAAACGAGGUUCCCAGCGCAACUGAAGAAGAGCGCGAAGGCCACGACUGCUUUUGUGGCCAAGACUGGAGCUCCACCCAUAGUGCUGUUCGCCUACACUGUAGUCACAUAUUCGGCCGUGAGUGUUUGUUCGAAUGGUGCACAUCUAGCACCGAAGGCAACACAAAUAAAUGCCCUAUGUGUAGGACGUAUUUGUUCACUCACGGUCGUGCGUUGGCUGACAUGAAUGGGCUUUCAGAUCCUCAUAGUGUUAGGGACUGGAAUGAUAGCGACGGCGAUUCCUGGGAUCCGGGUUAUAACUACGACGGUAUCCGGGAUUGGGGUAAUGAUGACGAUGGUACCUGGGAUUCAACUUACGACGACGACGACGAUGAUUCCUCUGUUACGGAUGAUGUCGACGAUUUCUGGAACCGGGAUGCUGAUGCCGACGGUUACUGGGAGUUAUGGAAUCAUGAGAGUCCCGAAAGUGCAAGCGAUGCAGACAUAGCUCUACCGAGGCACGCUAUCCACGAGAUUGUGCCGUCAAGAACAAUCGGCUCACCGGAAUCACCCGAGGAAGUAGAGCGGGAAGGCUGGAUCGACAUAGCCGGGUGGGCGGACUUUGUUUACAGAGAAACCGAACGUCACCACCAAGAUAUCAUUGAGUGCCUCAGACAUGCUCUCCCGUACAUAAGAAGCCUUGAAAUCCCUGAUCCUGAAAAACGAGAGUUGCGGAGAGCGCUCAAGAGGCACAUGUUCUCUUUCCUUCGCGGCUCCACCGCCAUUCUGCUCGAGUAUGAGAAACGUCGCGUUGUGACAAGCAUCGGAAGAAAUGAACCAAUUUCGGACGGUUGUUUCAAUGUCCGUCAUCUUCCAUCCCAGAUCCGUGAAUAUGGUCAUGGCCUACUCUACCUUAUGCCGAAUCGCUGGGAAUCGCAGGACCCCCAGGCGCGAUUCCGUCAUAAUGGAGAAACCGACGGCAAGUAUCAAAACCGCAUGGAGUACAUAGACGUGCGACUGGUGAUGGGUGAGUACUAUCUGCAAAACUUCAUUCACGUGAAGCUCCUCAUGAAGCCAUAUGUCAGAUCCGCGCAACCUGACAGUGAACACCUUGAAGACGAGGAACACCCUGAAGACGAGAUCACUCACGCGCGCCGUAACCACGCUGCAGCAACAGCCCUCCUUGCCGAGUAUGAAACUUCGAGGCAGGAAGAGCCUUAUCGAGAUCAGCGCAUGGAGAUGCUGCGUUUGAUGCGUGACGAUUCAUUGGUAGUACUUGAUUCGUCUCCCACGACCGGAGUAUAG